AAAAUGGACCAAUCAGGAUAAUAUUUUUUUUUAGAUGUGUUUACAUGUGCUUUUGUGUUUGGUCAAUUCUCGUAAUUGGGUCAAAGAUUGAGAUUGGGAUUGUUUAUUAAAAAUGACGGUUAGUGACUUAAUUGUAGUAAAUAUUUACAUUCAAUCUUACAAAUUAUAAUCCUUAAAAUCAAUUAGGGGCUUCAUCAUUUUGAGAAAAAGUUUACGUGCUAAAAUCCUUACUACGGGUGUUUGAAAUUUGUUUUCAAUUCCCAUGUUAAACAAAUUACAUACCUGGCCUUAUUAAUCUUUAAAUGCUUGCGAGAUGGAUGAAAUCGCGAUUCGUGUCCCAAAUUAUGAGCGACAAAAGUAAUAUCUACGACUGACUCGUGUAUUCACUAGUCUUCCACACUUGCUUAUCCCUUCAGGGAUACAGGUGUAUGAAUACCUUUUUCUACGGCUAAGCUUUUUGGCUGCCCUAAAGAUGAUCAUUACCAUCUCCUACCAAAAAUCAAAUUAGGUCAACAGACGUGGGUUUACGUCAGAACAUCAAGUCUAGCCUAAUCUGUUAUGAUAUUUUAAUUGUACAGACAAGAGAUAGCGAUUUAAAUAUUGCGUGGUCUACUUUUGGUAUUUUGGAGCAUAAAUACCUAUUAAAUUUAGCUGUUGCUGUAAGAAUGUAGAAGAUUUAAUAGAACUUAGAGCGCGUUUGGGUAUUACCUCGUACCUACGUAAUAGGAAUGUGAUAAUGAAUUUACAGAAUCCAAAUUUCAAUUUGCAUCACGUUCGUAAAUUAACGGAUCGUCUCCUUGGGCUGUGAAAUGUGAGGAUCUGGAUUCGCUUCCCGCAUUAGCCAAAAUAAAUUUGUGUUCUCAAUUCUAAAAUAAAUCCAUGUUGGCCGGGAUUACAAUUUGUACCCGAAUGGUGAUAGGCUCUCUCCCUGUCGUGUUUCGUGAUAACAUCAUGAGAGUGUAAAAUAAUAUGAUGAUUAUUACUUGAGACAAAUGCAAUUUCAUUUUGCUUAUAAUAAACACAUACUUACGUACCCGUUACUUAUAGGUACUGGAAUCUACAGAAUUUAAGUAAAUGUGAUAAGUCUACGUAAGUAUAGUAUAGCUAGUUAGUAUUGUUAAACGGUGAUUAAUGAAGGGUAAAUAUGCUAUAAAGUCGCGUAUAUUAAAGAAUUGCCAUAUAUACAAUGCAAUGUAAGUGAAGCAGAUUCUAUCUAGAAAUCGAUUAGUUGCGCGCGCCGAACCUAUCUUUGUCCGAACACUUGUACUGAAACCACCGCAAAUAUCGUCAGCUGGCUCUGAAUAACGAGGUAUGUAUUUAGUUUAUUCAUGGUUAACACUUGAAGCUUAGUGAUAUGGUUAUUAAAUGUGAUAUAUAUAGUGUACGAAUUUCAAGCUUUUCAUUCUAGUGAUUUUUGCGCGAACUUGUGUAACUAAGCAUUUGUCAUUAGAUAGAACCCCAAAGUAGUACAUCAGUCCAGGAAAAUGUACCUGCAGGAUAACUAAGUGUCCUGUAUACCUGUUUUUUAUUAGCCAAGAUGCCGGGGGCAAGGCAUAAAAUCUUGGGUCAUGUGCUUUCUGGAUUUUGCCACAAAAUGAAUAGACGCAAACCUUUGUAUGGUGAUGCCAUGGACACUCCUUUAAACAGAUGCCUGACGACCCUGGAUAUAACGUUGCUUGGUGUGGGGCAUAUGGUCGGAGCUGGUAUCUACGUGUUGACGGGCACUGUCGCACGAUAUAUGGCAGGACCAGCUACAGCUUUAAGUUUUCUUCUUGCUGGAAUAACUUCCACACUAGCUGCUCUGUGCUACGCAGAAUUUGGUACCAGAAUACCAAGGGCUGGCAGUGCCUAUGCAUACACUUAUGUCAGCAUUGGUGAAUUCUGGGCUUUUAUUAUAGGAUGGAAUAUUGUUUUGGAGUAUAUGAUAGGGGCAGCGUCGGUAGCGAGGGCGUGGUCUGGAUACUUGGACGCAAUGUUAGAUGGAGCUAUAAGUAACGCUACGAUAUCAUUAACUGGUGAACUCCACGAGACUCUCCUCAGCAGAUAUCCCGACCUAUUAGCAUUCUUAAUUUGUAUUGUGGCAUCUUUGAUCCUUGCAGUGGGAGUUAAAACUUCGGCCUACAUAAAUAAUGGUCUUACCAUUUUAAAUUUAUUGGUUAUAUCCCUAGUCAUAUUCCUAGGGUUCUAUUAUGCUGAUAUUACUAAUUGGUCUGAAAAAAAUGGUGGAUUUAUGCCAUAUGGAUUUUCUGGCGUCUUGGCUGGUGCUGCGACUUGCUUUUAUGCUUUUGUAGGAUUCGAUAGUAUUUCGGCAUCGAGUGAGGAAGCCAAAGAUCCAUCUCGAUCUAUUCCCAUAGCUACUGUCUUGUCAAUGGCAAUGGUUGCCUUUGGAUAUAUUCUUGUUGCCUUGGCGUUAACUUUGAUGGUUCCAUACAAAAGUAUCAAUGCCGAAGCUGCUCUACCAGCGGCCCUCGGUGCAGUGCAUGCCGAUUGGGCGAAAUAUGCGGUCGCUGUUGGCGCUGUUUGCGGAAUGACAACAACUUUACUAGGUUCCUUGUUUUCGCUUCCCCGUUGUUUGUAUGCUAUGUCUGCUGACGGUUUACUAUUUGGCUUCCUUAGCGACAUUAACAAUAAGUCUCAGAUUCCUAUCGCUAAUUUAUUUAUUUCGGGCCUGUCAUCGGCUUUAAUAGCCUUGCUCUUUGAUUUGGAAAAACUGGUGGAGUUUAUGUCAAUUGGAACAUUGCUGGCUUACACAAUCGUCAGUGCUGCUGUUAUAAUCUUACGAUAUCGCCCCACGCCAGUAGUAGAUGAUAAAAUUUUCGGUGUGCCGCAACUCGAUUCUCCUGGUGAUCGUGAAGACAGUUCAGCAACAGGCACGCCCGCUACCGAUGGUGGCUCUUCUUCUUCAGAGAUGUUCGAAGCGUUGACUGUCGGUCGUCUCCGCGCUCAAUAUGCUUGGCUGGAGCCCCUUGCCGGAGGAAGAGCGCCGGGCGCUGCUGUAACCAGCUGUGUAUAUACGUUCACUGUCGCCACCGCUGUCCUAUGCGCUCAUAAUCACUUCUUGGCAGAACCUGCUGGACUUUGGGCGUUAUUGCCGGACUUUGUCCUCAGCUUCAUUAUUAUUGCAUGUCUUGUGAUAAUUUGGGCACAUCAACAAAGCCCUACGCGUCUUCCGUUCCGCGUACCGUGGGUGCCUCUACUGCCGGCUGCUAGUGUCAUGCUCAACGUCGAACUGAUGAUCAAUCUGAACGCUUUGACCUGGGCCCGCUUCGCCAUUUGGAUGACUUUCGGUCUCCUACUCUAUUUCCUGUACGGAAUACACCACAGCAAGUUAGGUGAAGGAGUGACAGGACUCUUGUCCCGGUCAGGCAGCGGCGGUGGUAAUAGCGGCGGCUGGGGAGCGGUGGAGAAGACCAACGCCAUCGCACGUCGGGUUGGCAGGUUCGCGCGCGGCAGCAAGGGUGACGACCGCAAGCCUAUCAUAUGCGACGAUGAGCUGUCUAGGCGAGACCCGUGAUUUUAAUUUAAUCGGCCUAAUGCUGUCGCCAUACUCAAGAGUAGAUGUAGUAUUUUGUGUAUGUAUAUAAAGAAAAGUUAUAGCAAAAAUUAUAGUCUAUAAUGGUAUAACACAACUAUAAUUCAGUAUAUAUAGAUAACGUGAAUUAUGUAGAGGAAAAUAUAUUGCUUCUGCAUUACUUUGAUAAAUCUUCAACUGCUUUUGCUAGAACAAUUCAGGUGUUGUAUUUACAAAAGAAAAAACUUCAAAAUUCUGUGCGUAUUAUUUAUAUUCAGUUUUACACGUACAAUUUUAAAACAGGGUCAUAAUAUCGUAAAAUUGUAAAGUAUUUGCCAAAUACAUAAUGGAAUGAACACGUAUUAUUUAACCCUCCAGUGCAUACAUAACAUACAUAACAAUUGUUUAUUCAAGUUUUCCAUAACAAAAUCAACAUACGAGUAAAUUGUAUAAAUAAGUGACAUAAAUAAAUAGUUCGCUAUUUACAACGCAUUAUAAUAAGAUCUGCUUUAUUGUAAAUAUUUAUGCACAAAGUAUAACUCGUUUUAGAUAAUAAAUAUUAUUUGUAAUUUGAAUCGUUCUUCCUAAACAUUGUUUCAUUUGUUAUCUGCCUUUUGGGCAUUAAAUAAUAAAAAUGUAUUUCCUUUUAAAUAUAGGAUAAAAGAUUUUAUUUCCAACUGCACAGGUGGAUAAAUGUUGCAAAAAAAGUGUUUAUUGUAUUUAUUAGAACUCAUUUAUUAUAAAAUUGUAGCGGAAAUGUUUAUAAAAAUUAAACUAUAGCAUUGUUGUUAUACUAAUGGUACAUUUUAAGUGUUGAUGUGUACAUAAACUAAUUAUAAAUACAA